CUGGUCGAAUUGGAAAACUCUACCCUUGCAAGCAGCCGCCCAUCUUGAAACCUGGAGGCGCAUGUAACAGGUUCGAGGACACGUGUCCCUUUCAAGAAGUAUAGGGGGAGUUGAGUCCUCUGUCCUCUUUCCUUCUCUCUCGUGCCUCGGGCGAGAGAAGAAAAGGAACACAUCAAAGAUUAAAAAAAAAAAUUAAGUAUACAAAUUAAAGAAAAGGAAGGAGUGGAAGGAGAAACAAAGAGGCUUUUCUAAGGUGUGAACGCUGAGGAAACUUCGAGAAGCUGAUGGUCAGAUGAUGACUACAAGGAUACAAUGGUCGAUGUUAUUGUGGUUAUCAAUUAUCUUUCCUUCUCGCUUAGUUUCAUCCUCGGCUUUGUCAUUGGAGCCUGCUAAAGCAUUACUAAAGUGGAAAAACAGCCUCCAAGGCUCUCCACAUCUCGAAUCAUGGAAGCAUCCCCUGAAUUGUACUGAUGCAACAAUUUCAUGUCAAUGGAACGGCAUCAACUGUGAUGAAUCUGGAUCAAUGGUGGCACUCAAUCUUGCAGGAUUUGGAUUGGUUGGCACAAUCACAAACCUGAACUAUUCAUCUUUUCCUUAUCUCGUUAGCCUCAAUCUCAGCUCUAACAUGUUGAGUGGAAUCAUCCCUCCAAGCAUAAGCAACCUAAGCAGACUUGUGUUCCUCGAUCUCUCAAAUAAUUUACUGACAGGGAAAAUUCCUGGCGAGAUAACAGCGCUUUCCAGACUUGAGAGCUUUAAGCUAUCAUGGAAUCAGUUGAAUGGGUCAAUUCCUGCUCCAAUUGGCACCAAAAUUCACAAUCUAAAGAUUUUAUCUCUUGCAAGAAACCAGCUUUCGGGUUCAAUACCUCAAGAACUAGGAUACCUUAACCUGCAGGUUCUUGACCUGCAUCAUAACAAUUUAACAGGUGGGUUACCUGACAGCAUUUGUAGUUCAAAUUGGAGUCAGCUCACCUCUCUCAUUCUCUCGAUUAACUAUUUUACCGGAAGAAUUCCUACUAACAUAAGUUUACUUUCAAGUCUCCAAAAUUUGGAUCUUUCUAAAAAUCAGCUUAGUGAAUAUAUACCUCCAUCAUUGGGCAAUCUUCGUAAUCUAUCAAACUUAAUCUUAUCUUCAAACAAUCUAUCGGGUCCAAUCCCUCCCUCUUUCGGUAAUUUGAGCAACUUGGUAGAAUUGAGCAUCCAUACGAAUCAUUUUUCUGGUUCAAUCCCUUCAACAUUUUGGAAUCUUGUACAACUUCGCACAGUGAACAUGUUUCAAAAUUCUCUAAGUGGUCAGAUCCCUCCCCAGGUAGGAAACUUGAGUAUGUUAAUAGAGCUUGAUUUGUCAAGUAACAACUUUUAUGGUCCCAUACCACCUAGCAUCUUAAAUAUUCUUUCACAUUUAAGCUAUCUCAAUUUCUCACAUAAUAGUUUAUCGGGUAUUGCUCCUAUCAAACAUCUCUCACAGCUAUCUCCAUUUACAUUCGUUGACUUCUCCUAUAAUAAUCUACAGUUCCCGAUAGAUUACAAGUAUAUAUUUCCAGCAGAUGCUUUGAUCGGUAACAAAGGUUUUCUAAUGGCCGGAACCUCAACAAAUACGAAUCAUCAUCAUCAUAAAAUUUGUAAAAUCGUUCUCGUCAUACUCAUUCUAGCCUUUCUUCUUGUUGUCUCCCUGCUUACAAUUAUGUAUGUUACAUUCCAUCAAAAGUUUAAAAGGCGAGAGGUACAAAUAAAUCCACAGGUAGCUAAUGAGAUAACCACCUCAAAUAUGUUCUCCGUAUGGGACUUUGACGGAAAGGCAGUAUUCGAAGAUAUUCUAGAAGCAACAGAGAAUUUUGAUGAUAUAUAUUGUCUUGGGCAUGGAGCCAAUGGGAGAGUGUAUGAAGCAAAAUUGCAAACAGGCCAAGUAGUCGCCGUGAAGAGAUUUCAUCAGUCAGAGGAUGGUGAGAUGUUCAACAUUACCACUUUCCAAAAUGAGUUACAGGCAUUGGGGCAAAUUAGACAUUGCAAUAUUGUGAAACUGUACGGGUUUUGUUACCACUCUCAAUAUAUGUUCAUGGUUUAUGAAUACAUGGAGAGAGGAAGUUUAUUAAAUGUUCUUCAUAACAAAAAAAGAGCUAUGGAAUUGGACUGGGAGAGGAGGAUCAAGACCGUGAAAGGGUUAGCUGAUGCUCUUUGUUACUUACAUCAUGAUUGCAAACCAGCUAUAGUACAUCGAGAUAUCAAGAGUAGCAAUGUAUUGUUUGAUUCGGAAUUCAGGGUAUGUGUAUCUGAUUUCGGUAUGGCAAAAAUGUUGAAUCAGAAUUCUUGUGACUUGACAGAAAUUGCAGGGACAUGUGGAUAUAUUGCACCAGAGUUAGCUUACACAAUGAAGGUGACUGAGAAAUGUGAUGUCUACAGCUUCGGCGUAGUUGCAUUAGAAGUGAUCAUGGGAAGACAUCCAGGGGAUCUCAUCUCGGAUCUAUCAUCAUCUGCAGCUCAAAAUCUAUUCAUAAAGGAUAUUAUCGAUCCUCGUCUCCCAACUCCAAGAAAUCAAGUCAAUGAGCAAGUAUUUGUCGUGGCAACUUUAGCACUAUCAUGUUUAUGUUUUGAUCCAAAAUCUAGGCCUACAAUGCAGUAUAUAUGCAAAAUGUUGUCAGAAGGCAGAUUAUUUUCUGUUAUACCUAGAGAUACAGUUACUUUGUUGCAGUUAAUGAGCCUUUUGAAUUAAUUUUCGGAUUUUUCUUAACAGUUGGAGA